UGAACAACACACGUGCGAUACAAAUGUCACGCUGACAAGAGUACAAAGUUAAAAAAAGUUAGAAACAUAAGCAGAGCACGGGAAACGCAUUCGUUUCCCAUUUGUGUUGUAAGCUUCAAUAAAUUGGCAUCUGAUUGAUCGUAAAUUAGUAACUAACCUUGGCAAGGCAAGCGAUAAAAUUCCAAAAUGAGUGACGACUACUUAAGGAAACCGUUUUCUUUAGCUCCCUCACCAGCCGUUGACGAUACACAAGCAACGACGGCAACCUAUACACCGGCAGCGAGCACAUUUAGUAAUGCUCCCGUUUCGCCAUACCUCAACUAUGAUUCACGGUUUCUGCAGCAGUCGCAGCCAGAGUUUAUAUUUCCUGAGGGUGCAAACAAGCAGCGUGGGCGUUUUGAGUUGGCCUUCUCACAAAUUGGUACUUCUGUGAUGAUUGGCGGUGGCAUUGGCGGUUUGGCGGGGGUCUACAAUGGCAUAAAAGUUACUAAUGCGCUCAAUCAGACGGGGAAGCUGCGUCGUACCCAAUUAAUCAAUCACGUCAUGAAACAGGGAUCUGGGACGGCAAAUACAUUAGGUACGUUGGCUGUGCUGUAUUCGGCGUGUGGUGUGCUGCUGCAGUAUGUUCGUGACCAGGAUGAUAAUGUAAACACCAUUAUAGCCGGUUCUGCCACAGGCCUGCUUUACAAAUCAACAGCUGGCCUGCGAAAGUGUGCUCUGGGUGGAGCUAUUGGUUUGGGCAUAUCAUCGCUCUAUUGCUUAUACCUGUUGGCGCAAGACAGCAACAACACAAACUCAAGUCCAAAAUUCCUGUAGGUGAGAUGGUGGCGUAGCCCAUAAAAAGAGUGAACAGCCUUAGCUGCCAACCCAAUUGUGGCUUAUGGCAGACAUACACAUACGUGCUUGUGUAUACAUCGCUUUAAAGCGCUUAACCGUCAAAUAUAUAGUUCUGUUUUAUAUUAUAAAUACAUAUAUAAUAUAUAUA